AUGGCAGACACCAAAGAUGCACGAACCCUCGACGCUGAUUCUCCCACACCCAAAAUGAAAUUCCUCUCGAGCGACCGCGACAGAUCAUCUCAAGACCACGGCACCGCCAACAGCGAUGUCGAAAAAUCCUCACCCAGCACCAACGUCCCAUCAGACCCCACCGUCUCCACCGACGACGAAGGCAACACAUACCCCGAAGGCGGCCUGCGCGCCUGGUCCGUCGUCGCCGGCGGCUUCAGCGGCAUGAUGUCCUGUUUCGGCUACAUGAACACCGUCGGCACCUACCAAGCCUACCUCGCCACCCACCAACUAUCCUCCUACUCCGAGUCCACCAUCGGCUGGAUUUUCAGCAUAUACAUCUUCCUCGCCUUUGGAGCGGGUGUGCAGAUUGGGCCGUUGUUUGAUAAGUAUGGACCGUUUUGGUUGAUUGUAACGGGGAGUGUGUGUACGCUGUUGUCGAUAUUUUUGUUGGGGGUUUGUGAGGCGUAUUGGCAUUUCAUGCUGGUUUUUGGAGUGUUGGGGGGGUUGGGGAAUGCGUUUAUUUUUACGCCUAGUGUGAGUGCUGUGGGACACUACUUCUUCAAGAAACGCGGCAACGCUACUGGGAUUGCUGCUUGCGGCGGUGCGCUUGGAGGCGUCAUCUUCCCGCUCAUGCUACAAGACCUGUUCCCCAAGGUGGGAUGGGCUUGGGCUACGAGAAUUCAGGGCUUCAUAUACAUCUUCCUCCUCGCGGCCGCGAUUUUGCUGGUCAAAAGUCGGCUUCCGCCAAAGGCCAACGCCAGUGCGAUCCCGGAUGUGAGAGUGUUUCGGGAUAUCAGCUUCGCGAUGGUGACGUUUGGGGCGUUUUUCCUGGAGUUGGGGCUGUUUAUUCCGAUCACGUAUAUUACGUCCUUCUCGCUGGAGACGAAUGGCGCCAUCGACUCGACGUUUGCGUAUCAGCUCCUGGCGAUCUUCAAUGCGGCGAGCUUCUUUGGGAGGUGGGCGCCUGGGUAUGUGGCGGAUAAGGUGGGCAGAUUCAAUACGCAGAUCUGUGCCGUCUCGCUUUGCGUAGCGAGUUCGUUGGGGCUGUGGCUUCCUGCGACGGUUCUGGCUAACAACGCAUCUCACCAAACGAUCCUGGGUCUCACGACGGCUUUCGCAGCAUUGAUGGGUUUUGCCAGCGGAAGCAACAUCUCACUGACGCCGGUGUGUAUUGGAAUGCUCUGUCCGACGAAGGAGUAUGGGAGAUACAUUGCGACGACAUACACAGUUGUGAGUACUGGAUGUUUGAUUGGGUUGCCGAUUGCUGGGGCCUUGGUCAGCGCGACUGGCGGGAGUUAUUGGGGUGUGGCAGUUUUUACGGGGUUGAGCUAUGUUUGUGGGUUGGGAUGCUUUAUGACCGUGAGGGUCGUGAAGGGUGGAACAAAAGUUGGAGUAUUGUAUUGA